UUGCAAACUAAGAGACCAAACCGGUUCCUAUUCCUGUUCUGCCACUUUCCCCCCUUUAGAGUUUCUGAUAUAAGUAGAUGGAGCUACGACACAGAUACUCACUCCGGUAAGCAGCCAUGAGACCGUCCACGGUUGGGUUCCUCUCCGUCCUCCUCGGGAUCAUCCUGCUUCAAGCCGCGUCUUCCGCUGAAACAAUUGGACAGUGUCCUUAUUACAAAAUGAAUGAACUAGUCAGAUGUGAUUCCUACGACACAACUGCCUGCAAGACAGAUGACAACUGUGGAGGUCUGCAGAAGUGCUGCAGAGAGAUCUGUACCUUCAAAUGCAAGUACCCUGUGUACUCGGGAUAAGAAGCCAUUAAAGACAGUGAAGAGAUGAAUUCGGCAUCAACUCAUUGUGAUUGGCAGGACGUCACCCCACACAGAUAUUGUCAUUACCUAAUAAAAAAAAAUCUUCAAUCCCAAA